UUUUUUUGCCAGUUUUCCAGCCUGUUAAAGCCGAACUCCCCACGGCGAUCUCCAUGGCAAACACCACCAACAGCACCUUCCCCAGCUUGCUGCAGCCCGCCUCCUCCUCCUCCUCCUCCCCCGGCUCCUUCUCUCUGCCCAUCAGCACCUCAGCCCUGGUCGGGAUCGUCAUCCUGACCCUGGCGUUUGUGCUGGGCUUCCCCGGGAACCUGUUCGUGGUGUGGUCGGUGCUCUGCCGGGUGCGGAAGCGCUCCGUGACGUGUUUGCUGGUGCUGAAUCUGGCCGCGGCGGAUGCCUUCGUGCUGCUCAGCGCACCUUUCUUCCUCCGGUACCUGGCCGGAGGCCGCGGCUGGGAGUUCGGCUCCGCAGCAUGCAAGCUGGUGCAUUACUUGUCAAAUGUGAAUAUGUACGUGUCCAUCUACCUCAUCUGUCUGAUGAGCAUGGACCGCUGGCUGGCAGUCACAAGGCCUUUCGCAUCCCAGAGACUGAGAACCAAGCGCUCCCUGCUGGGUCUGCUGCUGGGUGUGUGGGUGGCGGCCUUCCUCCUGUCACUGCCCAUGCCCUUCUACCGCAGUAAUCAAACGAAGGUGCUGAAAGCCAACGUCAGUUUGAAGUUUUGUCUACAGUACCACUGGGACAGUGUGGGUCACCAGAUUUUCCACUACCUGUUUGAGACCAUCAUGGGCUGCCUGGUGCCCUUUUCCCUCGUGACCACCUGUUACUCCUCCAUCGUAUGCCGCCUGCAGACCGCCAAGUUCAAGCGUAAAGGACAAGGCAGCCGUCUGAUCCUGCUGAUCAUCUGUGCCUUUGCAGUAUUCUGGCUGCCCUAUCACUUUGUCAACAUCAUUGAGGUGGCUGGUCUGCUACUCCACAGCGAACCAGUGAUCAAAGCUGCUAAGGUGGCCCGGCCCAAUGUCACAGCCUUCGCGUAUUUCAGCAGCUCGGUCAACCCCAUCCUGUACGUGUUCGCCGGCAGCUCUCACAUCCGCCAGGCCGGCCUGAGCUUCAUGGGCAAGCUGUUCGAGGCCACCAACUCGGAGAGCCGGACCAGUUCCACGUUCACCCGCAGCGGCCGCAGCAGCUCAUCGCCGGACGAGACCUCCGCCCUGCAGACGCUGUCGGUUAGGCUCGCGAAACCCUUCAGAAGCAAAAGCAAGGACCGGAACGACAGCGUGGACAUCAAAGUGGUCAACGAGCCAGAGCUCAAGAGUCUGGCCACGGAUGAACAGUUAGAAUAGCACUUUUUAGAAGGACUACAUUUUUAAAAUGCACCAAACUUACAUCGGCACAGCCGCUAUUUUUGAGCUUUGCUGUGUUGGAAAUGUUAUCUAUCAAGUAACUUUAACUAAAGAUAAGGUCAUAUAAACACAAACACUGGAUUAUUAUAUUGUGUGAUGAUGGGAACAUAAACCCUUUUGAUGUUCAUAUAUAUUUUUGGAACAAUGCAGAGCAUUGUUUAAUUUAAUGGAAAUGAAUGGAUUGGAUGUGUGAAUGUACAAAUAUAUAAGAUAAAUUGAUCAAGUUAUUUAAAGAAAGAAGGAAUGGUAUGAUUUAUAAUGACCCCCCCAAAAAAGCUAUUUAUAUUUUCUUGAUGCAGUUUAAUUAAUUUCUAGAUGUAUAUUUUAUUAUGUCAAACUAUAACUUUUGCUUCCAAGAAAGUUGGAAAACAUAAUGGUUUGUUUUGUGCACAAUUACUUUUAUACCUAAGAUUUGGUUGAGAAGCAAUGUGUU